ACACAACACGGCCACAGAGACGGACUCCUCCCCGCCUCGGCCGUGACACCUCCGGCGGAUCACAGCGAAGAGGAUGACAGUGUUUCAUUUUUUGUUUGUUUUGGGUUUGUUUUACACGGCGAUCUAACGCUGUCAGUCAUCAUUUUCCUCCGGCACGCACUGACUGGCUGACUGCAUGGCUUCAGAAAGUUGCCGGGAUAAUAACAUGGACAUCUGACUUGCGCCCUCACAGCGUCAUUGGACCACAUUGAGCCCCCCUCUCUCCAUCACGUCUCGGACUAAUCUGCGCCUUUUGCGUUUGGAGUGAAGGGCUGAGCAGUUGUCACUUUGGCCCUGACACAGGCUACACCCAGCAAGGGGGUUUGACACUGUACAACGCCACGGGAGACACCGAGUGUUCCGCUGCGCAUUGGUGGCUUUCUGCGCUGGUCUCACUUGUUUGUGCAUCAGAGAGGGGGGCGGGGGGGACCACAUUCUAUCUGGAUUCCUCCGUCCUGAUAAACCGGCAGGAACAACAACAACAACAAAAAAGGCACAUGUUUUCAUCGGGACUGUUGACGCCUUAAUUUUUGUAACUUCACAUUUCCGUCAACCUGAACAAGUGUCACCUCAUCCGUCCUCCCCGUUGAAUGAUCACAUUUGCCUCUUUUCUCUCGCUCGUUUCUCUUUCCGUUCGCAUUACGUUGAUAGCUCUGAAGCAGAAACACCGGUCCACAUGUGACUGAGAUCGGGUCACCUGUCCCGGUUCAGGCGCUCCGUUUCUCCAUACCUCCACCCUCCACCCGCUCCACAUAUCUGAUCCUACCGAGCGAUCGACACUGAGACGGAAUAGACUAACGAAGUUUUGCUGUAGUGAUGCUGCAAGUGGAAAUGGUCCUCUUCGUCUGCCUGGUGCUGCUGAUGUGUGUUCUGAGCCAGGAGCCCGGAUCCAAAGUGGUGGCCGACCGCUACGCCGUCUUCUGGAACCGGACCAACACCAAGUUCCACCGUGGUGAUUAUCACAUCGACGUGUGCAUAAAUGACUACCUGGAUGUCUACUGUCCUCAUUAUGAGGACUCCGUGCCUGAGGAGCGAACAGAGCGCUAUGUCCUCUACAUGGUGAACUACGACGGCUACAGCACAUGCGACCACACCGCCAAGGGCUUCAAGCGCUGGGAGUGCAACAGGCCGCACUCCCCGAACGGGCCGCUAAAGUUUUCAGAGAAGUUCCAGCUCUUCACUCCCUUUUCUUUGGGCUUCGAGUUUCGACCAGGCAGAGAAUAUUAUUACAUCUCCUCCACCGUUGCUCCAAACGGGAAGAAAACAUGCCUCAAGCUUAAAGUUUUCGUCCGACCAUCAAACAGCUGUCUGAAAACAGAUCGUGUUUUUGAUAUAGAUGACAGAGUAGAAAGUACGUUACCAAGAGAUGAAACUAGCCAUGAAACGGCUGCCCCUUCGCGGAGUGAAACGAACGCUGCGCGACGUCUGCAGAAGACAAGUUCUCUACUUGCUUUGCUGCUGGUCACCCUAGUGGGACUCUUUACUUUAUAGCGCCUCCCUCUGUGCUGGAGGUCAUUUACACCUAGCGUGGCCUGAAUCUACCCUAGGCUGCAGGGUAGUGGGUGGGAUUUGGGUGGAUUGCAUUUGCUUGAUUGGGCAUAAAAAGCAGGCUUCUCAAGAAAAAAAAAAACGAAAAAAAACUUUUUUUCAGAAGAAAAAUUAAGUGGUCUUUCUCCUUCUGUGAGUUAAAAAAAGUUGAUGUUAAAAGUGGGAGAGAAAGGAGAAAGUGGCCCCUCUUAUACCUUCAACCAAGAUGCCAAAUCCCAUUUUUUUGACACUUAGUGAUUCUCAUUUUCCCAUGACAUUUACCAUCACGUUACAUCGUAUUUGUCAUUGCAGCACUGAUGUUUACCUAUGAAAACUAAGUUAAUGCAGUUCAUUGUGCAUACACACAGAUGACACACCAUUGCAACAAUGCAAAAGCACAUUCAAAAACAGCAGCCAAUAGCAGUAGAGUUUUACAUUUUUAGACAGUGGCCGUAUACACAGUGGAGCAUUGUAGAUUCUAGGUGUUAGAAAUGAUUGUAUAUACGACAGAUACAUGGAACGUUUCCCUGAGACCUCUCAAGAAGCCUUCUAAAGCUUAGCUUAAACCAGAGAUAGAUGUAGUUGUUAAGUUUUUAACUAAGACAGAAUUCAGAAAUAUGUGAAAUAUCUGACAUGGAGCAAAGUGACUUACAAUCCCUGUUUUUUUAAACAUGGUGUCCUCUUUCUCAAUACUAUGAUUAGGUGAUGAACGUUCUGGACGAGCAAAUCCUUUUCAAAUCAGCAAGCAACUCUUUCUUUCUGACAAACCCAAUAAACUUGGCCAAUAAGACAUUUCUAAAAAAAAAAAAAAAGGGUUCUGUUCACUCAAACUCACAAAGCCAAAACUAAAUUGAAACUUUCUCUCCAGACACUUCGUUAACCACUGUUAAAAUCGAGAAUCAAUACCUUUUGAAACUUGAUAACACAAUUUCACGGCAGCAGUCACAGCCAUUUGUGCAAUGUUUACUGAGCUGGGCCACAAUUGUUUUCUCUGUUCCAGUUGAGCAUUAGUCAAUAUUAACACUCCCAUAAACAUUUGCAUCCAAAGCUAUUUAUUCCCUGGCUAUUGAUUGUUCAAAAAGGUUUACAGCUUAAACCGGGUGGUGUUUUUUUUUUCUUUUUUUCUUUUGCUAAACUACCAAGUUAUUUGACUCAUCAAACAUUCUCUUUAACUAUGCAGAUAGUUUAAACUUUUUCAGAUCCUGUCAAAUGAGAAUAAAAGAUGUUUAAUAAGACCCUUCACCUUACAGUACCACGCUUUUUUUUUAACAUGAUCAUAGUUCAGUUAAAUACUUAUUAAAUGCUUAUCAUGUUCAGAUUGCUACAGCAGUUGGAAAAGCAGUGUGACAAAUGCAUAGGUCCAAUUAGAGGAGUGUAAACAGAAACAAAAACCAUAUCCAUUAAAAUUAAGGCAGCUCUGUUCAGUUUGUUUAUGUUACCACUUGGAUUCAAAGUAAUUUACUGAUCAGCAGCAAUGCUCACUUCCACAGAAACACAAGGGGAGUUUUUCAUAUAGGCAGUGUCUUAUUUAAAGAAAGGUUUUUGCUUCCUUGAAAGAGGUAACCUUUACCAAAAGGGAUAGCUCAGGACUUUUCUGUUAAAAGAUCUUAAGCGGUUAAAUAUAUUUCUCACAGUAGAGAACUCUUUGGUGUCUUCAUUUGGUUAAAAAUACCAAUCAAUCAAACCCAGAAGAAAUGGCUUCAGAGUCUGGGUCGUCACAAAUGGUUUUUUGUCGUUUCUUUUUUCACAAAAACUUUGCAAGUAUUUAAGAGAGCUGAUACUACAGUCAGUUCUUAACGGUUCUUAUUCAUUUUAUUUUAUUUUUUCCACAAGCAGUGAGUCAACGCAGAGCUACAUCAUUGCAACACUGUAAAAUGUCUGGUUCUGCCGCAUUAACUACACAAAUAUUUAUCUACAUUUUCCUGCAAAUAGAUUACCUAAUAUCACCAUCUUAAUUUACUGAUGCUGUUUUAACAAGCAGAGUUUAAGACGGGGAACAUCUGUCUUUGUACUGCUAUUCCAACUUUUUGGUCAUUUUGAGGCUCUGUGUUUUGAAUUGCACAGAUUGGACAUGAAACUGUGAAGUUUGAAAUUAUUUUUAUGUUUAAAUUGGAUGCAAUCUUUUACUGGCUCAGCCACAGCUCUAGGUGAAAGCAGCUCUUUCCUAUGGUUCAGUUCAAAGUUGAAUAACAAGUUUAUCUGUGCCAGAGCCAGAACGUGCAGCAAUGGGGACAGAGACAAACUGUGAGGAAGACGCACUAGUAUUAGUGUAACCUUGAAACCUGUUUCGGGUAAAAACCCUUAGAGGAUCCAUAAGUAAAUUAAUUUUCUUAAAGUAACAUCAAGUCCAUGGCAGUUUAUCUGUACAGUGUUCCAUGAACGCCUAAACUGUCCUUAUAUUUGCAUUGGACAAUAGCAGCUAAUGAUAAGAGAAAUGGACAUAAUAGACAAUCCCCUUCCUUUGUAAAACAAAAUGGAACAUGCCAACCAUUUACAGUCAAAUAACAACCUUAUAGAAUAGUAAUGCAUCAUUAAAAACCUAUAAAAAUAGUGUGAAUUAAGGCUAUAAUAUUUUGACCAGAAAUACUUUUCACACAGGACGAUCAGUUGCAAUGCCCUUCCAUUUUUAGUUGUAAAUAGUCGUCUUCUGUGUGGACGACUGCCCAGUAAAAAGAAAAAGUUACAGUGCUUUAAAGGUUCCCAAAAGUUGUAUUAAGAUUAUAGCAAUACACUUUGGUCUUGGCCCUUCUUUGACAAACUAUUAGUCCCUGGAAUGAGCUAAUAAUACGGAUUUAUGCUAAAUUAAGAUAUUAUGAGUACUUAUGAACUUUUAACAGAACCUCACUUCAAAAUUCUUUAGCUAUGUCUUUAACUCUACUGAAUCUAGCAUCAUAUCAAAGCAGCAAGUUAGAAAACGGCUCGGAAAGAUGGACAGAAUGAGAGAAAUAGAGCAAAAAAAAGGAGCACAGGAGCAAUUGCGCGCCCACCUUCUGCUCCUACUGUUACUUGUUUAAGCGACCCCUUAAUGAGGUUCAAAAUGACAGGCACGCAGACCCCAUGUUGUCGCAAUGGAAGUUUUUCUGGUAUUAAAAAUAGAUGACGGAAGGCUUAGUGGGGGCGUCUCGGAAGUGUAGAAUUUUACUGUGGGGGGGUUUUAAAGCACCAAUGACCUUGCAGUUCAAGAGAGCUGGCAAGUGAAGGAGAUGGAGAAGAAUUAUAUGCAGAGGCUUACACACACAAAUGCAUACAGGUUUAAAAAGAUAGUCGAUAAAAAUGUGAUUAGUGCCUAACAAAACACUUUUAGACAAAAGAACCUAAAAACUCAUUCAACACUACAGGCCAAAAAACCUAUUCAAUUCAAUGAAACAUGCUGUCUAGCACCAUUCAGCCUCAGAGGCAUGCACUGUUUUGGGUUUGCUUUGUUUUUAUUUUGUGACUGUUUUUUUUCUGUGCUUCUUUUAUAUAUAUAUAUUUUUUUUUCAUUUCAUUUCUGAAAAACAACGUUUGCCUUCAGCCAUUUGUUCUUUUUAUAUACUGCAGUAACAAUGCUAUUACAGCAGAAUAGCAGCUCAGCUACAAGAGUUAAUAUGAGACGAGGCCAUUUAAUGAGGUACUAAUUUUCAGAAUAUCACCACGGGGAUAUGAGCACUGCAGAAGAUUCAACAUGGACGCUUGUCUGCAGGCUAUAAUCAGAAACCAGCUUCAGUUUUAUAAUUAUCAACACUAAUUGUCUUUUUUUUUCUUUUACUAUCAAUACCAUAAUUUUUUUUUCUGCACAUAACCCAAACCUGGGAAAUGAGAAUCAACUUAUAUACUGGAUACUGUGUAUCCUGAGGUAGACAACCAUACAACAUAGUAGUGUUAGGUUAGUAUCUGUUUUGUACCUUUCUGGAGGACAAAUAAAAAAAAAAAAUGAGAUAGACCAUUGUUAAAACUGUAUAAUUGUUAUUAUUGUUAUGAUGACAAUGAUUAUGACUAUUAUUAUUAUUAGGAAAACUUCUCGAUGUAUAUAGUGUUUGAUAUUAAAGUAUUAAUUUGGUUCUUAUGUCUUUUCUAAAAACAAUCAGAUACCGUAUUAUCUCUGGGUUUUGCGGAGUGUGUACUGUUCUCAAUGCAUUGUGUGUGCUUUAAUCCUCAAUGCCUAAAGAGACUCUUGAGUUCAAACAAAAAGGGGAAACCUGCGGGAGCUGCGCACACCGUGCAGUUGGCUGGAACAUUAGCCAGCGAGAGGCUCACCUCUUACAUGUUUUAAACCAGUCACCAUCUCCUCAUGGAAAGAUCCUGCCUCCGAAAAGAAGCAUUUGGGACUUGAUCGAUGGCCUAUUUGUACUUUUUCUUGCCUUCAGGAUUUGGAAGCAUUUUUUGAGUGGAAAGUUGGCUUUUUAAUGGAAGGAUCUCACCUGUUUCAUUAUGUGGCAUGCGCAUGAACUUGAUAACAUGUAUAAAAAAGAAAAAAAAAUAUCAGAAGUUUUCAAGACUUUUUUUUUUUUUUUUGCUGAUUUCUUUUUCAUGCUGAUGUAUUAGAUUUAAUGGUCAUUUCCAUGUUGUGUUUUUGCAUCCCCCAUUUUCGAGUGAUGUCAGAAUGUGUACUCACACGUGACAAAUGUACAUACCACAAGCCAUUGUUGGGAGAUUUAAACUUGGGUUUUGUGAGGUGCUUCAUUUUGUAGGCCAAAAGCAACUCUUACUUUUAUUUUUCUAAACCUGACAGUCUGUAAGCAUCCAUGGUGUUCAUCCUCAACUUGUUCCCUUCUUUUCCCUUCCCUCCCAGUAGGAGGGGUUUAUGAGUGGAUACAUCACUGUAGACAUUUUCCAGUGCGACACUGUGAGUUUUGUGCGUCUCUUUUUCUGUCGCCACAGUAAAAGCGAAGUGGCAACUUUGUUUGGCAAUGAAGAGUGUUUCCCAUGCCUUAGCCCCUCAGCCUCUAACCCAUCUGUGUUCAAGACACUUUUUGCCAUUGUGCUUGUACACAGAGCAGCUGCUGGCUUCGAAGAGAGUACAAUGGGGCCCUUCAAUUUUCUCUGUCUUUUUAAGAACCUCUAAAUCACUUUUUCUUACUGUAGAUGGUGGUCUUAGGAACAGUUCAAGGAUUAGAGCGCCCCACCUAACAAAUCCUGAACUGGAUUGUUAGAGGGUGAACCCCAUCAUCGAUCUAUGCUCUGUGCGCAGGGUAAAGCUUCUCAGCUCUCCUCUUGCUGAUAAAAACACUUGUUCGUUUUAUGUCCUGCCUCCGUUCUUCUUGUGCUUGUGUAACUUCCACCUGCUGUCCUUUCUCCCUCACCUUUCAACUCCACUCCGGCUUUUCCAUCAGUGGGGACUGUUUCCAAACUGCUCUUUUACAGUAUAUAAAAUGAAAGAAAAUUUGACAGGAAAAUGAUCUGUAUUUGUAUAUACACGUGUCUGAGCAACUAUGAGUACUACAAUAAAACAUUGCUUUGAUUGUAA